AUGACUAGGGCUCGUAGGAGUUCAAUUGUCUCCAGUAUUGCUUCCCGCACAGGAGGGUUAGAUUAUUUGGAACUACCGAGUUUGUUAGAUGAUAGUUAUCUGUUCAACAAGCUUGAGAAACUAGCAUUGGUGGUUGGUGAGGGUUCUAAAGAGAGCGUUACUCUUGAAAAAACAUCUGCAGUCGAUGAAAGCUUCAAGAUCAGGGAUGAAAAGAAAUAUCGCCAAUAUGAAAAUUAUCUGGGGCAGUUAGAGUCUCAUGUUCAGCGGUAUGAAAUGGUCCUACAACAAUCAUACAAAGUCCAUGAUCAAAUUGAGCAUGCAAUCCAAACUUUUAACAGUAUAUCUUCCAACUCGAACGAUUUCGUCAAUAAGACCAAGAACUUGUAUGAGGAGAAUCAUCAACUUUCUGCGCUUCACGAGAAGAUCCCGGCUAUUAUGCAAUAUUUCACAGCAUUAGAUCCCAUUAUGCGUCGUUUGAAUCAUGCCUCCUCAUCAAACGUUGUUAGAAAAAAUUCAUUUGGUAAUAUGCUGAUCAGUAUCGAUCAAUCUCUGUUUUUCUUCGAAGAACAUCCUAAUUUGGAAGAAGCUGAGCUGUACAGAAUCAAAUUCAAACGUUGUCUCAUAAGGGCAUGUGAACUGGUUUCCAAUUAUUUGAGUGGGAUUUUGAGACAAACCUAUAAUAAUAUUGCUGAGAAAAUUACAUCAUCCACGUCCUCGUCAACCGCAUCAAGAGAGGCUCUUGUUUAUAACAAAUUCGAGCAAAUUGCUGAAGAGUACAAUUCACGAGUAGUUGACAUUAUUUCUCGAGUAUACAAUAACAAAUUCCAAAGGUACAGUGAUGAGUUGGGUUCUAUUUUGAAUGACUGCUAUGAGCAGUACUUUCAAACACGUCUGAAAUUAUUGGGACCAAUGAUACAUCAACGUCUUGACGAGAUUAUUACAGCAAAUAAGGAACUUCCAUUGGUAAAUUUUAUUCAGGAUACAAAGUCUCAAUUUUCACAGUUGUGUGUCGACGAGCAUAACCUCUUUACCAAAUUCUUUGGAUCAGAGCAUUCGCGUAGCAAGGGCUCACAGUGGCUAUGUAGGCUGUGUGAGCCCUUGUAUGAUGCCAUUAGAACUAGGAUCUUGAGAGAAACCGACAUUUCAAUGCUUUGUGAUGCCGUUACUCUGUUUGGACAAUACUAUCAGUUUGAAGAGAACUCCGAAGAAUAUCAAUUACAAUUCCAGGACAUUCAGUUUGACAAAAUCUUUGAGCCUAUCGUUCAGAAAUUGCAAGCAAGAUUAAUACUGAGAGUCCAGAUUUACAUUCAACAGAACGUCGUAAACUAUACACCUUCGAAGGAUUCAUUCAUCAUCUCACAUAGAAGGAAGAAGCCAGAGGGGCCAGAAGCAACGGAAAAGAAUAAUGAUGCUAUUUACCUUGCUUAUGUGGCUAAUAUCGACCAACACUCCACUGAAGAGGGAAACUAUAUGACAAGAGAUAAACUUGAAUUGUAUUAUCCUCCGCUCAUCUCAUCUUUAGCAUUACUAUCAAAAAUAUAUGAGAUGUUGAACGUUUCUGUUUUUAACGAUUUGGCACAUCACAUUGUUCAUGACUGCAUUUGCUCAUUAAGGAAAGCUUACGAUAUUGUCAAUUCAUCUCCCGGUGGUGCAAACAAUCUGGAUAUUAAACUGUCAUAUUUGGGAAACCUUCUUUUACUUCGUCAAGAGAUUCAGAAUUUCAAUAUACAAUAUACAGUCAGUGAGACUUAUCUCGAUUUCUCAGGUGUAGAGUCUCUCCUCAGAUCUUUCACCGGCAGUGCCAAAGGGUUACAGAGCCAGGAUAAAUCAGUGUUAGGGAUGGCAAAGGCAUUAGUUCCUAAAGUUGUGAAAAACAUGGUUGAUGCCCGUUCAGAGUUGUUGAUUGAGCUACGUAACUUAAUCAAAGAUUUCACAGAGGUGGUAACAGUUCAAAUCAUAGGAAGUUCUCUAGACAUCAGUACCACUGGCGAGUCGGACAGCUUACUUUCAAGAAACAUCAAGUUGCGGCAAAAUUUAGAGGAGAAACUGCCCCGAACUUAUUCUCAGAUUAUGAUCUUCAUUAAUGAUAGCGAAAUAGCGGCACAUCUAAUGAUUGCCAUCCAGGAAUCCAUAACUCAGUGUUAUAAUGUCUUCUAUGAGCAGGUCAGUGAUAAAGCAGAGAGUGGUGAACUCGAUAAAUCUGAAGUUUCUGAAUUGAUGUAUGACGAUGUUUUUGCCGAUUUUCUUAACAACAUCAUUAGUAAAAUAACCAACGGAUCUGCAAAUGACAGAGGUGAUGUAUCUAUGUAA